AUGUCGGCGUUUCUGGGCAGCUCUCAGUCCUCCCUGUCUGAAGACACCCCUCUGCUUGGGGAUGACCUGAACCCGGAGGAAGCCCAAGAUGGAGUCAAACAGGCCGAAGCGAUCACAUUGGUCUGGUCGAGGAAAUCCCUGGUGACAGCGUAUAUUCUAAUGUUCCUUCUGUAUUUUGUGAAUGCCUUCCAAUCCUCGAUUACCAGCAAUCUUUCUGCAUUCGUAACCAGCGGCUUCGAAUCGCAUUCCCUGAUCCCCGUCAUCUACAUUGUAUCGAGCGUCAUGUCGUCAGCGACGUAUAUGCCUCUUGCGAAGAUAUUGAACAUCUGGGAUCGGUCGAUCGGGUUCUUGAUCAUGAUCGCAUUUGCAACGCUGGGGCUAGUGUUGUCUGCGACGUGUACUAGCAUCACAACAUACUGCGCAUCGCAAGUGUUUUACACCAUCGGCUUUGCCGGUAUGGUUUUUAGUGUCGAUGUCAUAACAGCCGAUACGUCGUCGCUGCGCGAUCGAGGCCUUGCUUAUGCAUUCACCUCGUCGCCCUACAUAAUCACUGCAUUCGCGGGGUCGGCCGCUUCGGAGCGCUUCUAUGCUUAUAAUUGGCGCUGGGCAUACGGCAGUUUCGCCAUUAUCCUUCCCAUCGUUGCGUUGCCUAUGUUUGGUCUACUGCAGUACAACCGUUACAAGGCAAAGCAGCUGGGUUUAUUGCAAGAGAAAGAGCAUAGCGGCAGGACUUUUUCUCAGAGUGUCGUCCACUACAUCAUCGAAUUUGACCGUAAGUCUUCUCUUCCUCAAGUUGCAUCUGUACUAAGAUUUUAG